AUGGCAUCACUUUUGCGUCUCCUCGCCUCAUUGCUUUUCGUUGCAGUAUCCAAUGCUGCCCCAGGGGUCUAUUUUCCCAUCAGCUCUCAAAUCCCACCUAUUGCCAGAAUCGGAGAACCGUUCUCGUUUAUAUUUUCAAAGUCAACAUUCACCUCGACAACAAGCAUCACCUACUCCCUUGCCAACUCUCCACAUUGGCUUUCAAUCGACAGCGAUGCACGGAAGCUCUAUGGAACACCAAAAGAGGCUGAUGUCGGAUUGGGAGAUAGGGUGAAUGUUCCGUUUGGAUUGGUGGCAACUGACGAGACCGGCUCGACAACACUCGACAUCACACUGGUCGUUUCAAGGAAGGCCGGGCCCAAGCUUGAUAUUCCUUUCAACCAACAGAUACCGGGAUUUGGCUUCUUCUCCAACCCCUACACCAUUCUGUCACCGCCGAUGAACCAGUUCUCUUUCGUGCUGGACCCAAAGACCUUCUCAGUACCUUCAGACAAGCCUUUGACAUACUAUGCAGUCAUGUCGGACAACACUCCUCUUCCGGCCUGGAUAUCGUUUGACGCCGGAAAACUUGCUUUCUCCGGACAGACUCCAGCUUUCGAGGCUCUCGUCGACCCACCCCAGACCUUCGAGUUCCAACUCCUAGCCACUGACACACCUGGGUUCGCCGAUGCCUCUCUGAGAUUCAACAUUGUGGUCGGGAACCACAGAGUUACGGCCGAUCAGACAACAGUUGUCAUCAAUGCAACUGCUGGGAAGUCCUUUUCAUAUGACGGGCUGCGAGGCAACAUCGACGUCGAUGGCCAACCCAUGCCUUCUGGCGAUGGUAUCAUCGUGGUCUCUACUUUCAAUACCCCGUCAUGGCUCACCCUGGAUAUGGACAGUCUACAUAUCACAGGCACUCCUCCCUUGACAGCAAAGUCAACAAACUUUACCCUCACGCUCGAGGACAGCUUUGCGGACAGAUUCAAUCUGACUGUCAUGGUUCAGGUCAGCGGCACUCAAGCUCAAAUCUUCGGCAUGUUGAAGGAAGAGCUGCCUGUCAUACAGGCACACGCGGGCGAGCACAUAAGUUUCGAGCUUGACCCCUUCCUAAAGGACCCUGAUGGCACAGAAAUAGUUGUCGAUGACGAUACAUCGCCCUCAUGGAUCCGUGUCCGCGAAGGAACCAUCUUCGGCGACGUACCAAAAUCGUCAAAGGACUCCAUCGUGAGUGCUACGAUAAGAUUGACUUCAAAAGCUUCAGGAGCAUCAGAGUCAGUCUUGCUGAGCGUGCACAUGCUAGCGGAUACAGGGGACGCGGUAGACACGACAGAUACAGAUUCGACUCCGGGCUCGACAUCAACUGGGGACUUGGGCGGUACUAAGCCUACCCAGAAACAUGCACCUACUCCCAUCGGACUCAUUUUGCUGGUCACUAUCCUUCCCGGACUCUUGCUCCUUGGCGCUCUCAUGGGCAUGCUUGUCUGUUGCCUUAGGCGACGAAGAGAAGCCAAACGACCGAAGCUCAGCACCCGUGAUAUACCGGGCCCUCUCCCGGGAACUUUCACCAUCAACGUCACAGGUCCAGAUGGGCAGAGUUCCAUGGAGCACAUAACAGGACCAUACAACACGCAAAGCACGAUAAGUCAGAUGUCACUUGCUGAACAGGACCGGAAGAGUGACCCUGAAUCGGGCAUCAGCCGUCACCAAAGCUUCGAUGCUGACGUGCCACGCCCGCUCAGCACAGUUCGGAUGCUGCCUACCAACGAAGAACUCCUGCCGGCAAGCAGUAGUCUUCUGGAUAUCACAGGUUCGCCUCUGAUGUCCGGUGCUAUCACUGGAACUCCGCGAAAUCGGCGGCACGAGAGAACCCAGACGCUCCUCAGCCACAUUUCGGAGACUAGCUACUAUGAGGAGCACUCCUCAGGAAUCACCAUCGAAAAUACUCUGGAAUUCCUCGGCAAUAGCAACACAAGAGGCUCGUUUCGGGACGGUGUUGAAGUCGACAUUCCGUGCCUUGGUGACCUGUCUAGCAUCCAACCCACCCCGAACUCUGCAUACACGGGCGAAUCAUACUGGAGCAAGCUAGGUUCCGGCCCGUCCGUUCAUAACAGAUCUCCUGCGAUAGGCUCAGUUCACAAUGACCCUACAGGCGCUGCCCGGACUCAGCCAGCCAUGCUAGUGAGAAAACUUGUGUGGCCUUGGUUCAAGGGCCGUGUCAUCAGUAUCAAAGGUGUUGCUGAGAAGUUCGGGGAGGCAGCGAAGACAACACUGGCAGGCUUGCCCAGUCUGUCCAGUGUCCAGGCAUCUUUACACGACAAGACGCCAGACAUAUCACUCUUAUCAAACAAGCAGUCUGAAAGUUCGGACAUCCCCGACUUCCCAUCACCGCCACAAGGGACAAAGCGACCCAUAAUGACCAAGUAUGCAAGACCAGUGACGCGAAGAGCAGUCGGCACAGGGCGUAUCGUCAUCCCACGACAAAGGCUAGUGUCGACAAAGGUCGAGGUAGUGGGAGGUCCGACUGAAGACCUUUACAAACCAGCAGAGGACAAAAAGCAAGCUUCACCCACGUCUAGCUUCGACCGCCCCAGCAGGAACUCACUUGGCAUCUCGUACGCAGACAUGGCAUCCAACUCACCUUUCCACCAGUCUAGCACAUGGUCAACAAUACCUUCUAGUCACGAGUGGCACGACGAGACACUACAGAGCCUCGAGAAUGCCGACAGCGUGUUGCCAAGCUCAAGUCUCAGAAGAUCGCGGUCGGCAUCGCAACCUAACUGGGCACCAUAUAAGGACUCGCUAUCUAACAUCAACGAUGGUGCAAGUUCCAAAUAUCCGCAGAGUCAAUGGUCGUUUGCCCCUAUCCCGCGGCCUCAGCCUCUUGGUGAUGCAUCUUCUAUCGCCUCGCAGGGUUUGUCGAACUCUGUGAGCGGGCAUGCCCGCGCUCCUACGCUUAGUUCUGUCGGGUUUUCAAAGGCACCUUCGUCGUUCCGGCUUGAUGGCAAUGAGAACACGCAUACUGACGACGCGGAAAAGGAGAACAAAUGGGCAGGCGGGACGAGCGGUUUUCUCAAUGUGCUCCUGAAUAAUCGGCUUUUGUGCGGGUACGGACAUCAAGGAGUUCAAGAUUCCAGGGCGUCACUGGCACUUCUCAUUUCGAAACGUACAAGCUACAUGUGA